CGAUCACAUUCACAAAUUAUGCUGUAGAAUGUACUGAAUUUUAUAAAAAGAAAGGAAGCCAAAUCAGUCAAAAUCCUGCCAAAUUAAUGGCAUUUUCCCCGCCCUGAAGAGUUGAAUUACCCAACUACAGAAACUGAGCUACUCACCAAACAUUACCGACAAGAACUCGAACGCUCACAGGGUGUCAUCAAAAGCACUCUUUUUCAAUAAUUUUCAAAGCAACCGAAUCUGGGUCUCAAAGGGUCUUCUCCAACUCCAAUCCUUCAAGCAUCCCUUCGCUAAUUCCUCGCAGCUGAGAAUGGAUUUUACUCUUUUUCUUCACAGUUACUUGGAGUAUGUUCAUCACUGAUGAUACCCUUUUUCUCUCCUCAACUACUUUUGUAUGGUUCAAGCUUCGAAGGAAUUGCCCUUCCAACGAAGACCCAGUUCCAUUGAUUUGGUAUUGAGUCUUGGUACUCAGGAGGCUAGAACCAAAUAAAACAUGGCAUUAUGGUGUUGCUUGAAUCUGAAAUUUGUUUUCUGGCCUUCAGGUGCAUAAUUCAAAAACGAUGUCUUUGAAUUUAGUGGUACCUCCUUCAAAUGGUUGUGAAAAAGUUAUAUUAUCUGAAGAACAGCAUGCGAAGAUUUGUGAGGUGCGCAGGCUUUUAGGACCGUUGUCUGGCAAAUCAUCCAUUUACUGUUCGGAUCCAUCCAUUUUGAGAUAUCUAAGAGCAAGAAACUGGAAUGUGAAGAAGGCAACUAAAAUGCUGAAAGCAACUUUGAAGUGGAGGUCAGAAUACAAACCAGAAGAGAUUCAGUGGGAUGAGGUUGCUCAUGAAGCUGAGACUGGGAAAGUUUAUUGUGCAAACUAUAACGACCGACACGGAAGAACAGUGCUAGUCAUGAGACCUUGUCGCCAGAACUCGAAGACUGUAAAAGGGCAGAUUAGAUACUUGGUGUAUUGCAUGGAGAAUGCUAUUUUGAAUCUUCCACCAGACCAGGAGAGUAUGAUCUGGCUGAUUGAUUUCAAGGAUUUUGACAUGUCAAAUAUUUCAUUGAAAGCAACGAAGGAGACUGCACAUGUUUUACAGGAACAUUAUCCCGAACGCCUCGGAUUGGCAAUUCUUUAUAACCCGCCCAAGUUUUUUGAACCCUUCUGGAUGGUUGCAAAGCCCUUUCUGGAGACAAAAACUACCAACAAAGUGAAAUUCGUUUACUCCGACGACGUAAACUCAAAGAGGAUAAUAGAGGAUCUGUUCGAUAUGGACCAGCUGGAGUCUGCGUUUGGUGGAAACAAUAAUAAUGCUGGUUUCAACAUAACCAAAUAUGCUGAGAUGAUGAAAGAAGACGAUAAACAGAUGCGCUGUUUCUGGUCCGGGGUAAAUCCUAGAGGCCCAGCCUCGGAAAAAGCUCAGAGUAGUAGCGGUCUAGCCGAUUCUAAAACCUCAAACUCUUCUUCUGAAUCCCCAGAGAAUGAGAGAACAGAUGGUGAUGUUCAUAUAACUAGAAAUGCAGAUGGCAGCUGAGGCAUAAUUCGAGUUAACUCGUAUAAGUUUAAGCCUAAUUUUUUGUGUUUGACAUUCUUGUUAUGAACAAAACGAAGCGUUUUGUAUUUCGUUUGUAUAGCAAUCUCUUGUCGUCCCAUUUCUUGUGGACAUGAUUAGAGCAGAGGUUGUUGUUCUUGAAAUUUGUCCAUUAUUAUCUGUGUGAGUUGACAAUGACAUGAAUACGAUAAUCUAAACAAUGUUGGUUCUGUUAAA